AGCCUUCGCCGAGCCCCGCCCCGUUGCUACUAGCCGCCGCUGUCGGCGCCCACACUGUCACUACCUGCACUCCGUGAGGAAUCGAACAGAAAAGCCAUUUCAGAGAGAAGCAGGCAGAAGGGUCACCAGUAUGCGUUUGAGGGACGUACAAAGUUAAGUCAGCUAAAGCCUACGUAUCACGGCGUAAAAGUGAACCUCAGCAUCACCAGACAGGACUAUCCAAUUACGGAUCAACACUGUUCCGGUAAAGCAGGACUGGACGUGAUUGACGGUACGUACAACUGAGGCCCAGGAGGGCUCAGUCUGCCGGUCUGGAGGGAGGACAUUUGGAUUCAGCCAAAGACUGCAUGCAUGAUUUAUGUGUGUUCAUGACAUCGGAACAUUGUUUGCACAGACAGUUCUACCCUUUGAUGAAAUGGGUGCAACAUAGAAGCGAGAAACUGAAGCUGGUAUCGGUCCUAUCGACGCUAAAAUCGACCUUCAAACACGAGACGUAGUAUCUGUAGUAUCGAUAUUUUGACAUCGAUCCACCCCUAAUUUGCCUGUUAAGACAGAGAACGAUGUGAGCGUUGAAGACGAGCUAAUUAAUUUGUGUUACAGGAUCAUCAUGACAUUAUAUUUUAUGUGUCAGAUUGAAAUGGUGACAUCGAAGGAGAGUUUGGCCGAUAUUAUAUUAAAAAUCCUCUUUUCUUCAAAAAUCCCCAAACUCAAGAAUGUAAGAAGGUUGGUCCAUGCUUUUAUAUCAUCCAGUAUGCUACCCAAAUGUUCUUUAAAUUUGGCUAGACUCCAGCAUCUGCUUAUUCACGUGAAACCAAAUAAACUUUGCUUUAUGAUCGACAGUAUGCAGUGAUUUGUUGACUUGCAAAAUACGGUCCAAACCGGAAGUAGCUGUCCAAAAUGGCGGCCCUUACGUGUCGUCAACCGUUUACUUCACAUCGUGAAGUAACACUGGCCGCCACUAAGGUUCCUCUGGGUCAUUUCACUCGGGAACCUUCCUAAGCUAAAAAAGCAAUUGGUGCCAGGAUUUGCUGAGGAAAUGGAAAACCAACAGUUUCCCCUCAUCUCAGGGGGAAACUCGAUUUUUGAAAUAGGUCCUUUAAAGUCAAGCACUGACAACAACGCUGCCAAGACAACCACAGGGUUUUCUAUCAGCAUCGAAGAACUGCACGUUCCAAGUGAUGUGGUUCGCUCACACUUCUUUCUAAUAAGCCGCGAAGGCAUCGCAGUUAAAUGACAACGAUGAUUAUCAAAGAGGGUGAAAGGGGGAUGAGAGAUGUCACCCCUUGUGUCUUCGCCUCCACGAUCAGUUAUGUUGAUUGACCGAAUCUUUCUUUUACUUUUGUUUCCAAGCAGAAUGUUUGGAUGAGAUGAGAGAAGUGGAAUUAAUGUUUGAAAUGAGUGAACAACGACUCGAAUUCAAAAAUGUGUCAUUGAGCGGUUGCAUACUGGAAAUACUGUAUUGCUGGCUUAUAUGGGUGAUAUAUAUACGAUGGUGUGCAGUAACUAUCUAUAGCAGAAAUAAAUAAAUACGUUAUUAAUUUACUGGAGACAUCAAAAACCGAGUUUUUAAAAAUAAAUGUUAGUGGUUCCUGAAAUUUACCGUUGCAUUAUAAUUCUACAAUCAUUUAAAUUAAAAGUCACUGAGUCAUUGUACCUAUUAAUGGAAAGUAUAUGUUAAAUCCAAACGGCGCUGUGUGAUGCUUGAUGUUGGUAGUCCUGUCUGUAGGCGGGAUCAUAGCCUACAUCCAUGGCCCAGAAGGAUUUGUAUCUUUGGUGUCUUGCCUUCUUUUGUCCUCCCACCGUUUCCGUCAGUGCUGGAUGCUUGGGAGCUAGCUAAGUUAGCUCUACCUCGUAAAGUGAAGUGGUCCAUGUAGUGAUUAGAGUGCGAACCAUCUGGGGAAUAUUACCCAACCGUGUGUGUGUGUCUGUGUGUGUGUUUGUUGGCCCACCUAACCGCAUACAUUUGUAAAGUGGUAGCGAAACACAGCUCUCAACUCAGAGGAAUCAUUUCAGCAUAGUGGCACAGGAACCAUGGAGGGGGGACGCUAUAGCUAACGGUGGCUAACGAUACUCCCGUUUUCACUCUGUUUCCAAUCCAGCUACCUUGCGCUCUGUCAUGAAAGACUGAACAGUUGAGAACCAUUCUGACGGUUCCACUGCUUGCCCAAACCUCAGAGGCCAAGGUUAAGUGGCCAUAUCCACGGACAGUCUAAUUUUACACCACUUUAAAUGGGAUGCAAGAUCGACUGUAGAGGAUAUCUUAUUUGUCUCCAGGAAAAUACUUUGGGCCGUUUGUUGCCGGAACUGGUGCAUCAAUGAGCGAGGAACCACUUAAGAGCCCUCUCCCUGGCAAAGAGCCUGCGGAGGAAGAUGUGGGACAAAGCACAGAGACGCUCAGCUGCAAAGAAGAAAACACCUCCGAGGAAGCACCAAAACAGGAGCCCUUGGCCCCCUCAGACAGCCUUGAUACGACAGCAAACCACAGCUCAGAUCCGGUAGAGGAAACCCUAGUGGAGGACCAGGACCAGGAGGAGGAGAAGGCCUUUGGUAUUGACCCUGCUGUUGACUGGUUUGAGCCCCUUGAGGAUGAUGAUGAUGAUGCCAAUAGCAUUGGAAGGAAUGAUGCGGAGGAAGAAAGUCUGGCAGGAGAAAGUGAACUUAAUGAGAGUGUGGCGGGCAGCGAGAAGGCCUUCAAAAAGAUAUAUCAGCUUCAUAUUCCCCGCCGUAAGCGAUCACAUCCUGACGAGGGAUGGGAGGACUGGCCAGUACUUGGAGAGGGCUGGAAACGCAAAGAAGUUGUUCGGCGCUCAGGGUGCAGUAUUGGCCAAAAGGAUGUGUAUUACCUUAGUCCACAAGGUGAUCGAGUGAGAAGCAGAGUAGAACUGGCUUCAUUGCUGGAGGGACUUCUUGACCUGUCAGCCUUUGAAUACAAGACAGGAAAGUUCUACGAUGGCGAAGCACCACCCACAAGAAUUCGAAACCGAGCGAAGAGAAGGAUCCGGGAGCGUUCUUCCUCAGAGUCCAGCUUCAUGGAGAGAGGAGAGGGGGCUGACACUCCUGACUCUCACCACAGGCUCACGCCCAGCCUGGGGCCCAAAAACAUCCACUCCAACCAGUCAAGCUUCUCCUCGCACAGUACAGUGGGAACUCCAAACCAAGUCUGUUACAAUGAGGAGCCACUAGUGGAAGAUAAAAUUAAACUUCCCUUUCCCUCAUCAUCCAAACUGCUCCCGCUCCCCUCCAUAAAUGGAGAAAUUGGGUCAGAGGACAGUACUCUGAUCUGUGCCAGAUGUGGUAUUUCCUUCACAGGCACAUGGUAUGACAAACAAAGGAAGAGGCCCUGCUGUCCCUCCUGUUGGGCAGCCUCAAAGACAAAGGAGCAUCCGAUGAUUCGUUUCAGAAAGUGGAUUCCUUGUGGGCAGUGUGUGGGAUGCCACAACACAGUGAAUUGCGGGCAGUGUGCCAACUGCAAGCAUGGACUGCAGAGCCCCGAGUCCCGGAAACGCAUAUGCAGGAAACGCAAAUGUAUAUGUCCUAUUCGCAAGGGCCCUGGAAGUGGAGGUUUCCUGCAGCAGAGACCUUAUAAUGAAAUUCCUGAAAUCUUUGAUGACACGUGCAUGAGUUUUCAGAGUGAAGUUGCAGACUCACAGCUCCAGAGUCUCAAAAGCAGUGACACAGAGAACUUUUCGGUCAACGUGGACGUUGAUGAUGAGGAUGAUAUGUCAACUGACGACGAUGAUGAUUGGCAUAAGAAGCGGAAGCGACGCUCCUGUGGAGAAUGCAAAGCCUGUCUCUGCAGGAAAGACUGCGGCACAUGUGAUUUCUGUAUAGACAAACCCAAGUUUGGCGGCAGCAACAAAAAGAGGCAGAAGUGUCGUCUACGGCAAUGUCAGAGACAGGCAAUGAGACACCUACUGCCCUUCCAGAUGGGACAAGGAGACUAUGGGCCAGAUGGCACGGUGCUGCCGGGCAGGCCCAGACCUCACUACACGUACAGCCGCAAGUCAAAUUUUAAAAAAAACAAAGGACCACAAGUAAGCUUGGACUUCACCGACAAUGAAGAUGAUGACAGUAACUUACACGCAAUGAGUUGGAGCUUGGAGCCUGCCAGCGGUAGCAGAUACAAUGAACUGAACGCGAGAAACCAUCACUCAUUUAUGCAGCAGCUGAAUUAUUCAAAUUUCGCACAGCGGAAUGGACUGCCUGACAGAGUCCCUUACAUCAGCAACCAUAACAACUAUCAACUAGACCUGCUAAGCAGAUGGGAUCCAGAGAGAUCGCACGUAGGCAGAGAUGGCCAAAGGUAUGUUGAAGAUGAUAAUGAAGAAGAGGAAGAAGAGUUGCCCAUGAUCACACAGAUCUUCAGUUUGGCUGAUAACCCAGCAGGAAGUGGAGCCGACGUAGAAAACCAGCUAAUGAAACUGCUGCAUUCUUUGCGCUCCUCUGUACUGCCAAUCCUAUGGUAUGCCAUUAUGGUGGAGGGCCCACAGCUACAGCUUAUCCAGUGUUCGAAACAAUCCAGCAUGACCGACACCAUGGUGCUGAUCGACCCAGGCUUCUGCUAUCAGGUCACCGUCCAAAAGCAGCCGCUGCUCCCAACCCACCCACUUUACGACAACUACCCAGCACGCUUAACCUCGGUAACUGAGGUGGUCAAUCUGCUUUUGGGCUUGGAGAAAUAUGUUGUGUGCCAGGGACUGCCCCCCAAAGAGCCAAUUCCUAAUAAAGACCCAAUCAUACUGGAGCGGGCAUCAACAUGUGAUUUGUUGGUCAAGAGGAAUGUGAGCAUCUGUACAAACUGCAGAGCACUGCAAGGACUUUAACUUCAGCACAAACAGGAGAAAAUCUCUGACCACAGCGGAGACCACUGAUUCUCUGGUACAACCGUGUGCCAUUUAAUUUCUUUUUGUUCUGGUGUAGAUUUUUUUUUUUUUUUUUACAUUCAGGUUUUUAGUUUUACGUGGGAAUAUAUAUAUGACAUUCUACAGAUUUACCUCUGGAGUGUAUUGGCAUAAUUUGAUUAUUUUUGAAGAAUCACCAAAGGUAUUCCAGGAGCUGUGACGUUAUAAACCAGACCUGUUUCUUGUCAGAUGUCUUUCGUUGUUGGUUGCUGUAGGGCUUUUUUUUUUCAUGACUGUUAUGUCAGAGUUCGGGCAGUGUGAUGGAUAGAGCUGAAAUCCAUGUGUGAGCCACACUGUCAAUUGAAAAAUAAAUAUUCCUCACCCCCUUCACUGUUAAUAAACUUCUGGGUGAUUUUGUUU